CAUUCAUCAUUCCUCUAAAAGCUUAUCUCCCUCUUCAUACAUUCACUCAUUUCUUCAAGAAAUUUGCAUCAAUCAGAAGUAACGAAUUUAGUAACGAUUUAAUCAUCUCCAGGUUUGAUCAGUCGUGCGAUUUCAUACGCUUCGGGCUUCACCUCCGGCCUUUUGGAGUUCAGAAGAAUUUUGGUAGGGUUUUGGGGAUGUAACUCGGCAGAGUGAGUUUUAAUGCACGUUUUUGGAAAAAAAAUGUGAUCAUAUGAAGGGUGUCGUAAAGUCAAAGAAGCAAAAAAAAAUUGUUGUCGAUUGAGUGGCUCAACUGUUCUUGCUGAAAUUUAGGGCUUUUCGAAGCAUAAAUCGGUUGAAUCAAAUCGUAUUUAGUUCAGUUAUCCGUUGGUUUACAAAGAGAAUCAGAUUCUAGAAGCUUCAACGGUCUGGGAUCUUUAAGCUUCUUUUGGGUGUUUUAAGUUGUAAAUUCAGUUAAAAAGUUCCUUCUUGGCUGUUUUGGAUCACAUCGGCAUAUAUUUCUGCCUUCUCUCUUCAAGGGUUUUGUUUUGUAUCAAUUCGUGCUGGUUCUCGGUAAAUUGAUGCAUCGAUGGGGCUUCAAUUUCGAAGUCUCUCGAUGCUUGUUUUGUUAGUUUGGUUGUAUUGGUGGCCACGAGUUGAAUCUCAAGUGCCUGGUCCUGAAAUAAGGUCUGCAAAGGCUCUUGAUGUUAUCCUACAAGACUAUGCUUAUCGAGCUUUUGUUCGACCACGUACCGGCAUUCCCUACGAUGGGGCACCCCCUUCCAAUUUGUCUGGGAUUCAGAUAUCAGCAAUGAGGCUUCGGAGUGGUAGCUUGUACAUGAGAGGUGUUCAAAUGUAUAAAGAAUUCACAAUUCCAGUUGGGGUUAGAGAGGAGCCCUAUGUGGAGAGACUAGUUCUGGUCUAUCAAAACCUCGGGAAUUGGUCCACCGCUUAUUACCGUUUGCCCGGCUUCAUGUAUCUAGCUCCUAUACUGGGUCUUCUUGCUUACGACGCAUCAAACUUAUCGGCUAAAAAUCUACGAGAAUUACACGUUCGUGCUUCCGAAGAACCCAUUUCAAUAGAGUUUAGACAAGUAAAGCCUGUCCCUGAUGGUUCGAUUGCAAGGUGUGUCUGGUUUGAUCUAAAUGGUCGGACAAAUUUCACAAAUGUUACAUCUGGCAAUAAAUGUGCGACUUUCGAACAAGGGCAUUUCUCUAUUGUAGUGGAAUCCACCGCCCCUUCUCCUUCUCCGGCAUCCCCAAUACCUCAAGUUCCUACACCAAGUCAUGGCGGUGGAGGGAACAAUUCCAAGGUCUGGACUAUUGUUGGAUCUGUAAUUGGUGGAGUUGCAUUGUUGGUAUUGUUGGCAUUGUUGAUGUUGUUGGCAUGGAGAUUUAAUAAGAGGAAGAAAAUGCAUCGAAUGGAAAAGGCUGCAGAAGCCGGUGAAGCAUUGCACAUGACUACGGUUGGGAACACGAAAGCACCAGCGGCUACAACCACAAGAACACAGCCAACCCUGGAAACCGAAUACGUGCCAUGAUUCAUAUUAUUGAUGCUUUAAGGUAUUCUUCCAACGGUUCAUUCUUUGGUAAGGUUGUUGCUGUAUGUAGUGUGAGGGUGUUCAAAUGCUCCUGUGUGAAUAAUUACUUCAAUCUCACAAAACCUGUUCAUACUUCGAUGAUUUGUUGUGUGCAUUUUAGGUGUUUAGCCAAGAGUGAUUCUAUUCAUAUGGUAAAUUUUGUGAACCAUUGUCAAAGAAUAAAUUCUUUUUGCAUGAAUUUUGAAUA